AUGGGCGAGAUGAAUCUACCCCCAAAGAAAUCCUCGCAGCAGUUAGUGCAGAAGAUCGGAUCCAGCAUCCGCUGUGCUUUACACGAGGUCCAAGAACGCUCUAUGAUCUUCGUGCAUCCCGCACCGCAGCUGAAGAAGGGUGUUUGCGGGAUGCCUUGGAAGGUUGUAAGAGGCAGCCGAGGUGAAAUGAAGCUCUCCAGCACAGAAGUGAAAGGCUGCGUCGAUGUUACGGCGGGUGCAACACGUGUUGACAGAACCAAAGACUGCAUUCUCCUCGUUCGCCAGCGUCGCUCUUGGGGAGCACUGCGCUGUGGAUACUAUGGACGCAUUUGGUCGUUUCGGCUUCACCACCCUGGCCCAGUGCCUGUUUCUGGCCGUGCCCAACUCCAAGGGACGCUGAUCCUGGGUGGUUGGAGCUUGGGGGCUUUGCCUGCGAGGCAAGUCGCGCACUGCUUGGAGAUGAUGGAAUUCCAAGUCUACGCGCUGUUUGCAUUGGACGAGCGCACCUGCCGAGUGGCCGAGCCCAUUCAGCGUUUGGCAGCACGACGUGCGCUGGCAGGCGAAGCAUUGGGUCCCCGCUUUCGCAGUGCUGCCAUCAGCAUCCACUUCACCUGUCCGCGUUUUCGAGAAGUUUGCAUGGAAGGUCAGGACUUUACGCGGCGUGCUGCAAAUGAUGGUCGCGUCAGCUCUACAGCAGCCCUGCACAGUGCUCGAUCGCACUUCCCCUUCUUCAGCGACGCACGCCAUUUUGACAUCGGCGUGAGUCAUGCAAGGAACUGA